CAUUGGUCAUAUUAAUCUUAAUCCUUUUCGGACUUGUGUUGUUAGGUCAUUUCAUUUCCGAUCCGAUUAAUGAAAUGUCUUCAUACACCGUCACCUCAGCCACAGUCGAUCCCUUCAACCUCUCCUCGUCGCAAUUGACCGCCGCCUGGAAUAUCUCCAUCUACAUUAAGAACUAUUACAUCUCGAAUGAUAUAUACUUUGACCGUGUCAAGUCAUCUAUAUACUAUGGGUACCACCUCCUAGCACAGGUCUCCAUGCAUCACUUCCACGUGCUACCGUUGGGGGAUAAGACUCUCAAAGCCCACCUCAUGAACCACUCGGAGAGCUUGGAUGUGGAUGUGGCCAAGUCCAUGGUCAGGGAAAGGCUAUUACAUGGGGCCGUGGAUUUCCGAGUUGAAUUGCUUGCUCGGGCAAACGGUUAUAAGUACAAUAUUUCCUGUGAGAACGUGACAGUUGGAUUCCCGGCUACGCACGAUGUGGGGCCGGGCGUUAUGUUGGGCCCACGUCGGAAGUGCAAUGUCUUAGUGGAUGGAAAGACUAAUAAUAAGGGUUGGGAGAGGAGAAAGCAACUAGUUGUUAAAGGUUAAAGGCUGCCGUUGAUCCAGCACUAGUAGUCAAUCGAGAUCCUCUCUUCAUUUCUUUCUUUCUUUAUUUUAUUUUAUUUUAUUUUAUUUUUUAAAGAAAAACCUGACACAGUUUACCAUUUUUUUUUUCUUCUUCUUUUUAAAGUUCAACAAAUAGAGCAAUUCUUGAGACAAGACCUGUCCCAGUCCAACUUCUAUAGAUAAAAUGACUAAAAUAUCCGUUUAAGUUCA